UCCACAGCUGGCCAUCUGCCUACACCUGGCUGCCAUGUGGGAACUUGUGGGUCUCUUGCUGCUCAUCCUAGCCUAUUUCUUUUGGGUCAAGUCAAAGACGCCCGGUGCCAAGCUCCCCAGGAGCCUUCCAUCCCUGCCCCUGGUGGGCAGUCUGCCAUUUCUCCCCAGACGUGGUCAUAUGCAUGUCAACUUCUUCAAGCUACAGGAAAAGUAUGGUCCCAUCUAUUCUCUUCGCCUGGGUACCACAACUACAGUGAUGAUCGGCCACUAUCAGCUGGCCAGGGAGGUGCUCAUCAAGAAGGGAAAAGAAUUCUCUGGUCGUCCCCAGAUGGUGAUUCAAAGCCUCUUGUCGGACCAAGGGAAAGGCGUGGCCUUUGCAGAUGCUGGUAGCUCCUGGCACCUGCACCGGAAGCUGGUGUUCAGCACCUUUUCCCUGUUCAAGGAUGGCCAGAAACUGGAGAAGCUAAUCUGUCAGGAAGCCAAGUCACUGUGUGAUAUGAUGCUGGCACACGACAAGGAGUCCAUAGACCUGUCCACGCCUAUCUUCAUGUCAGUAACCAACAUCAUCUGUGGUAUCUGCUUCAACAUCUCUUAUGAGAAAAAGGAUCCAAAACUGACCACCAUAAAGACCUUUACUGAGGGUAUCGUGGAUGCCUCGAGCGACAGAAAUCUAGUGGACAUAUUCCCAUGGUUGACGAUUUUUCCCAACAAAGACUUGGAGGCGAUAAAGGGUUAUACCAAAAUUCGAAAUGAAGUACUGACUGGAAUAUUUGAAAAGUGCAGGGAGAAGUUCGACAGUCAGUCUAUCUCCAGCCUGACGGACAUUCUGAUUCAAGCCAAGAUGAAUUCAGACAACAACAACAGCAGUGAAGGCCAGGACCCAGAUGUGUUUUCAGAUAGGCACAUCCUUGCCACGGUGGGAGACAUCUUCGGGGCGGGCAUAGAGACAACUUCCACUGUGCUCAGGUGGAUCCUGGCUUUCCUGGUGCACAAUCCCGAGGUGAAGAAGAAGAUCCAAAAGGAGAUUGACCAGUACGUAGGCUUCAGCCGAACACCGACUUUCAAUGACCGGUCUCACCUCCUCAUGCUGGAGGCCACUAUCCGAGAAGUGCUGCGUAUCAGGCCGGUAGCUCCCAUGCUCAUCCCCCACAAGGCUAACAUUGACUCCAGCAUUGGAGGGUUUACCAUCCCCAAGGACACACAUGUGGUCGUCAAUCUCUGGGCACUGCAUCACGAUGAGAAUGAAUGGGACCAGCCAGAUCAGUUCAUGCCCGAACGCUUCUUAGAUCCAACAGGAAGCCAUCUCAUUACACCCACGCCGAGUUACUUGCCCUUCGGAGCUGGUCCCCGAUCCUGCAUCGGAGAGGCUCUGGCCCGUCAUGAGCUCUUUGUCUUCACGGCCUUGCUACUGCAGAGGUUUGACUUGGAUGUGUCAGAUGAUAAACAACUGCCCUGCCUGGAGGGUGACCCCAAGGUGGUCUUUCUGAUCGACCCUUUCAAAGUGAAGAUCACGGUGCGUCAGGCAUGGAAGGAUGCACAGGCUGAGGUUAGCACCUAGAGGCCACAACUAACAUCCCCGAUCCAUGCCUGGACGCCCACAGUACAAUCUUAGAGGUGCUAGUCCCAGUGCCUCCUACGGUCCUCCUCCUUCCUACCCCAUUUUCUAGUUGGCAGCAGUGGGGGGUGAUACACAUAAAUUAAAGUUUUUCCAAUAAA